AUGAAGAUAUCCUUUAUGUUCUUCAGCGACGUCAUCUGGAGAGACUGGGAUGAUGAUGACAGUUGUGAGAAAUAGUCAGCUCUGGUUGAGGAACUAUUCACGCUGCAGUGGUCACCAUUUUAAAAACAUCUGGAGAAGUAUAAAAUCUUGCGUUUGGAAUUGAUUCAUUAUCAAAGUAGCGUUAAAGAAGAACCAACAGCUGGAGAAGCUGAUGAAUACUGGAAAAUGUACUGUGCUAUGAAGCAGCGCUCACUCUUUCCUGUAUGGGUGAAAGAUUUUUCUGUGGACGCUCCAUUUCAGCAACAUGGCAAUUUGAACGUGGCUUUAGAAAGUUGGUACAGUGGAGACCACGCAGUCGUUUUCCCAGGAGAAUACGAGGCUGUAAACUUAUCCCUGUUAACUAAAGAUGUUAUAUUGGACCUUAGUGUUGUAAAACCAGAAGAACCCAUGAUUGCUUCCAAACCCCAUCAUGAGAGCUUUGUGGUUUCAAAAGAAGAUACAAACCUAACGCACCUUAGGUCGGUACAGCAGAGAACAGUCAGUGGUGUCGUGGCUGCUGAAUCUGGCGUCUGACUCACUGGGGCUUCUCUGACCAUCACAGAUAGCAAGAUUACUGGAGCUCAGGGCACUGGUGUUGAGCUGUACCCAAGAAGCACAGCUAUCUUAGAGACUUACAAAAUUCAUCACUGCAAUAGUACCAGAACCAGUGAGACCUCACACAUCAUAGCCAGGGUGGCAUUAACGUUAAGGUUGUUCCUGGAGAAGAAAAAUAAUCACAUUUUCAGUAAUAGUGGCACGGAGUGA